CGGAGUACCGCGUUGCCGGCGGCUCGCGACCCUCGGCAGCCGUCCGUCCGCGUUCGCGAACCUUCUCGCACCCGCGCCGCGUCCGGUAGUUACCCGCCCGCGGGCUAUGGCGGCCGCGGGGUGCACUCGGCUCCUGCGCGCCGUCUCGGCGCCCCUCGGCGGCCCGGCCCGCCGCUGGCUGCUGCUGGCCGGAUCUCGCGCGGGAGCCGGCGGCCUGCCGGGGAGCCGGGGGCCGGGGAGCAGCGCCGAGGCGGGACUGGGCGGCGGGCGCGCGGGAGCGAGGCGGCCCCUCAGCCAGUCGGCUCCGGCGCGGAGCAGCUCAGAAGAUAAAGUAACAGUUAACUUUAUAAACCGUGAUGGUGAAACACUAACAGCCAAAGGCAAAGUUGGCGACUCUCUGCUAGAUGUUGUCAUUGAAAAUAAUCUAGAUAUUGAUGGUUUUGGUGCGUGUGAGGGAACCUUGGCCUGCUCCACGUGUCACCUCAUUUUUGAAGAACACAUAUAUGACAAGUUACAGCCAGUCACUGAUGAGGAGAAUGACAUGCUUGACCUGGCGUAUGGACUAACAGACAGACUGCUGAGUUGUGUUGCUCACUGGAAUUUGGUGUUGUACUUCUGGGUGAUUGAUGAAUAUUUUGUGGACACAUUGACAAAACCAAGACCUGCUUUUCACACUUCAUUAAAUCAAGGAGAAUUUGACUAAAAAAUUGACAUUUUU